GCGUUUAGUUUCAUUCAUAAAACUAAAUAAGAAACGUUGCAGAUAAUUUGCACGUUUAUAUCGUUUAAAAUAUUUCGUUUGCGAGAAAUCAUUAUGGGUGACAUGAAGUUUUAUACUCCGAAAAUAUCACUCUUUAUAAUUAUGAUGACAGUUACAAAUGUGUGUAAGGGAUUAAUUGCAGUACAACCAUCAUCAUGUCCAUCUCAUUGGAAGCCAAAGGGAGUAAACACGAAUUACAAAGGAGGAAUGGACUUCCAAUUUGAUUCAACCACAGCCCACUCCAAUGUAAUGUGCACAUUGAAAAUCGCCACAGAACCGACGUACCGUAUUAGAUAUAAAUUUACAAACGUCUAUUACCACUGUUCUGAUUUAGACGAGAUGGAGUGUGGUAACAUCAAUGUUUUCAAUGUAUUCUCGAGUGAAAACAUGCAUAUUAAAGCACAAGUAAAAGAUAUUAAGCAGUAUCAAGACAUUUUCCAGGAGUCAAUUGGUUCUUACAUUGAUGUUGUUGCAAAUAUUUCUACGCCAAUGGUUCUGCGGGCAAGGAUUGAGUUCUACAUUGUUAGAUACAGUGAAUGUUCCACUGAAACGGAUGAGAUCUACUGUAACAAUGUAUGCAUGCAUAGAAAUAUUGCGUGUCAAUCGGGCAACACAUAUUGCUCUCGGAUACCAGACAAAUGUACAUCAUCUGACAUUGUAGCCAAUCCUUUUGGGUCCGGAGAGAAAACUUUAAUUUUUAUAUUAGUUGUCGUCAUUGUAGUAACUGUUGUUUCUUUACUUUUUCUAAAAGAGAGGAUAACAAACAGAAUGCGUUGUAAAAAUAAUAGAAAUGUCGAUAGACGUUCAAUCAUACGUACAGCAAAUGAAAUAUUUACUGUCCAGCUGGCUACGAGGGGUGUGGAUAGUCGUGAUGGACUGAAUUCUCAAGUUUUAGACGAAGAGGGGCUGCCGAUUGAGAUGUCUACUUUUGACCCACCUCCCGAAUACAAUUCGCUGGAAAAUACAUAUCAAUAUAUUGAACCAAGUCGCCAUUCUAAUGAAGAUAAGGAAGAUGAAUUGCCCCCAAGUUACAAACAUGUCAUAAAGCAUACAGAAGAAUACAAAAUAUCCACAGUUUUUGGAUAUAUGUGAAAAUUUUCGAGAUGACUUUUACAUUUUAUUUUUAUUUUUUAUGAAUGAACAUUGAACUGUAAAAUCCCUGUAUGAAAAACAAUGUGCUAAUGCAUUGUUUUCUUGUUAAUUGGAUAUGUCAAACAAAUAAGUGAUUAUUAAUACCCUGUUAUGUUUGUCCUACCUGUCACAGUAUGACAUUUACAUACUUCCUCAGACAGUUAUAAAAUAUAUUUAUUUGUUUGAGCAUUUAUCUAAUAAUGUAUUGUGAUAAUUAUAUGUUAUUGUAAUUAACUAUUAAUUUGUGUCCAUUUGUACAAUGUAUUAGUUUAGAGGGGGCGCACCCACUUAAUCGUACAAGUUUACUUUUUAUUUCAAAAUGUGGGAAAAGAUUAUAAAAUACGCUAGCACCCACUAAAUCGUCCAAGUUUACUUUUUAUUUCAAAUGUGGGAAAAGAUUAUAAAAUACGCUAGCACCCACUAAAUCGUACAAGUUUACUUUUUAUUUCAAAAUGUGGGAAAAGAUUAUAAAAUACGCUAGCACCCACUAAAUCGUCCAAGUUUACUUUUUAUUUCAAAAUGUGGGAAAAGAUUAUAAAAUACGCUAGCACCCACUAAAUCGUCCAAGUUUACUUUUUAUUUCAAAAUGUGGGAAAAGAUUAUAAAAUACGCUAGCACCCACUAAAUUGUCCAAGUUUACUUUUUAUUUCAAAAUGUGGGAAAAGAUUAUAAAAUACGCUAGCACCCACUAAAUCAUUCAAGUUUACUUUUUAUUUCAAAAUGUGGGAAAAGAUUAUAAAAUACGCUAGCACCCACUAAAUCAUCCAAGUUUACUUUUUAUUUCAAAUGUGGGAAAAGAUUAUAAAAUACGCUAGCACCCACUAAAUCGUACAAGUUUACUUUUUAUUUCAAAAUGUGGGAAAAGAUUGUAAAAUACGCUAGCACCCACUAAAUUGUCCAAGUUUACUUUUUAUUUCAAAAUGUGGGAAAAGAUUAUAAAAUACGCUAGCACCCACUAAAUCGUACAAGUUUACUUUUUAUUUCAAAAUGUGGGAAAAGAUUAUAAAAUACGCUAGCACCCACUAAAUCGUCCAAGUUUACUUUUUAUUUCAAAAUGUGGGAAAAGAUUAUAAAAUACGCUAGCACCCACUAAAUCAUUCAAGUUUACUUUUUAUUUCAAAAUGUGGGAAAAGAUUAUAAAAUACGCUAGCACCCACUAAAUCAUCCAAGUUUACUUUUUAUUUCAAAUGUGGGAAAAGAUUAUAAAAUACGCUAGCACCCACUAAAUCGUACAAGUUUACUUUUUAUUUCAAAAUGUGGGAAAAGAUUAUAAAAUACGCUAGCACCCACUAAAUCGUCCAAGUUUACUUUUUAUUUCAAAAUGUGGGAAAAGAUUAUAAAAUACGCUAGCACCCACUAAAUCGUCCAAGUUUACUUUUUUAUUUCAAAAUGUGGGAAAAGAUUAUAAAAAACGCUAGCACCCACUAAAUCGUCCAAGUUUACUUUUUAUUUCAAAAUGUGGGAAAAGAUUAUAAAAUACGCUAACACCCACUAAAUCAUCCAAGUUAACUUUUUAUUUCAAAAUGUGGGAAAAGAUUAUAAAAUACGCUAGCGCCCACUAAAUCGUCCAAGUUUACUUUUUAUUUCAAAAUGUGGGAAAAGAUCAUAAAAUACGCUAGCACCCACUAAAUCGUCCAAGUUUACUUUUUAUUUCAAAAUGUGGGAAAAGAUUAUAAAAUACGCUAGCACCCACUAAAUCGUCCAAGUUAACUUUUUAUUUCAAAAUGUGGGAAAAGAUUAUAAAAUACGCUAGCGCCCACUAAAUCGUCCAAGUUUACUUUUUAUUUCAAAAUGUGGGAAAAGAUCAUAAAAUACGCUAGCGCCCACUAAAUCGUCCAAGUUUACUUUUUAUUUCAAAAUGUGGGAAAAGAUCAUAAAAUACGCUAGCACCCACUAAAUCGUCCAAGUUUACUUUUUAUUUCAAAAUGUGAGAAAAGAUCAUAAAAUACGCUAGCGCCCACUAAAUCGUCCAAGUUUACUUUUUAUUUCAAAAUGUGGGAAAAGAUCAUAAAAUACGCUAGCACCCACUAAAUCGUCCAAGUUUACCUUUUAUUUCAAAAUGUGGGGAAAAAAUAUAAAAUACGCUAAACAUGCACCAUUUCCGACUACAAAUUGUUAAUUUUUUCUUAAUGGAGUAACAUUAAACCCCCAUGCAAAUAGUUUAAGCUUAUACUUUCGGUUCUGCGGUAGAGGCGUUUGUCAAAAGAUUGCGCCCCUUGGUUAUGCCCCCUCUUACGUAAAUUGCUAAAUUUGCCCCUGAUUUGAGUGAACUGAAACAGUCACCAUUGUCAUUGAAUACUAUACUUCAUCUUCAUCCUGUUAUCACGUCGACAUUUAUCCCGACAGUCUUUCAUGAAUGUAAACUGUGUUCUCACUUUUCAUAAUAUUAUGUCCAUUUACUUGUUCAGUUGUUUGUCAUAGUUCAAAAGUGAAUGUUUAAUUUUGAAUAGAGGAAAUAACGUGAGCCUGCCACUGUCAUAGGCAGACCCAGUUCUAGUACGAUUUAAUUUCAUCAUCAUUCAUAUUGUUUACAAUGAAAAACACUUAUUAACAUAGAUAUUUACAAAAACAUCCUGUGUUUGAUUAAUUUGAAUAAUUGUUGUGAUAAGCGUUAAGUUUAAUAUAAAUCUAUUAUAUGAAGGUCAAUAAAACAAAAAGAUGAUUUUGUCUUGUUUCAUUUAAAGGCCUAGUUUAAGGAAUGUCUGGCAUGAUAAUCUUUUGCUCUGCAUCUCCUGCUAAUUGCACUGGUGUCACAGUAGGGGUCAAUUUCCUGUGUAUUCGUUUAUUGGCUCAGGGCCAUUUAGGGUCCAUUUCUAUAUAAAAAUUCAAAACCUCCACAGUAGGACAUUGGUAAUGAUAUAUAAAACGCAAAUAAACAAUG